AUGGAUGUGUGCCGUCGUUUGAGUCAUUCAUCGUCAGCUUCAAGCGUGGAUACCAAUCAUUCCUCAUGGAGUAUUAUUGGCGACGAUGGUGAGGAUGUGGACGAUUACGAAUUUGUUAGUAUAAAUGAUUUUUAUGAAGAUGAAAGGGACGAUUAUGAAUUUAUUAGUAAUCCUCAGGAUUUAUGUGAAUGGAGGAAGAUGGUUUGUAUUUCUUUUUUUUUUUUUACAUUUUUCGUAACUUCCCUUCCCCCGAAAUCUGCAAAAUUAGAAAAGUUUUUUUGUCCCAAAAGUCGAAGUUUUUCUGUUGGUUUUCCAAUUUUAAUGCGUUUUUUGCAGUUAUGCAAUGCAGAAAACACAUAUUGA